AGGGCGAUAUUGGGAAGAAAGACGUCAGCGCAUUAUUUUCUAGACGGGUAUGAAUUUCACUUAUGUUCAGAAUAAUUAUUUAACAUAAAUGCUUGUAAUAAAUGCUAAAUGGUUCUAUUUUGAUAUUUUUUGAACCAUAAACAGAAUCUUGAAGUGGUGAAGGGGCUACUUCCACGGACAGAGGAGGAGGCAUUUGUGAGGACCAUAUCUUACGAUGGUGUGGAGAACCUGGUUGAUGAUGGUGUGGAUGACACAGAGGCUGAGGCAGGUAGUCAGGUACCAGAGACUCAGGUCCCAGACACUCAGGAAACAGACACUCAAGUACCAAUUUUUGGAACUUUUUUUUAUGUCUUGAUUUUUUAUUGUUUUUGUUUUGUGAUAUUUGUUACAUUGUGGAAUUAUCGUAUGCUUACCGUAUUUUUUUGGUAUAUAUUUUUUCAGGCCACUGGUUCAGAACCUCAGCCCAGUGCACCAUCUUCAUCAGGCAUUCGGGGUGCCGAGUACACUGAUUUAGUGGCGAGGUUGGAUAGGAUCGAGGCUGACACUCAGGGUCUGUAUGCUGCUAAUGUCGAGCUCAAGAAGGCAUACGAGACCAGCCAUGUAGAGCUGAAGGGUGGUCAGAACGUAAUUAUGGAGCAGCUCAGAGACAUAUUGGCCAUGUUGAAUCGUCCGCCAAUGACAGCUUCAGCACCGGAGGCCCCAGCAGAUCCAUCUACCCCACCACCAGCUGCUUCACCCCCAGUAGAAGAGGAGGAGGUCUUCCCCGAAGGGUACGAUCCUUAUGAGGGAGCUCCAGCGACUCCCAUCGAUACAGGUGUUAUCCAUGUACAUGACACCGAGUCGCAGGGUGAGAUUCUGUCGAUAGAGGUACAACCUGCAGUGGUUAAAAGUCGGAAGAGGAAGAGAAAUCCUCCUGUAUGGUUCGGUGACUACACGGAGAUGAAGAGGAGACAUAGGCCAUCUUCGACAUUUGAUCCCCUGGAGCCACCGGAUGAGAAAUUGUUAACCACUUUCCGAAAGUGGUGUGUUGGACUCAUUCCGAACCACCGACUUCGGGAUUUGAGAAGUGGUGAUUACGGUCCAUCAUUCUUUUGGAUAAUGCUCACACCAAAGGAAUGGCUUACAGAUGACCAUAUAGAUGCAGCAAUGCAUAUGCUGAGGAGGCGACGCACCGACUAUCCACUGACAUUUCCUCAGAAGGGUGUCAUUCUCUCCACAUUCGUGACCACCAUAAUCAGCAGUGCAUGGACGAACCACAAGGGUCCGAGGAGAAACUUUGUGUGGGAGGAUUAUAUCCUGGACUACUGCAGAGGGGUUCAUAAGGUAUUGUUUUAGUAAGAUUUUAAAUGUUGAACUAUGAUUAUAACUUCGAUUGUUAAUUGUUUGGGAGGAUUAUUAUGGUUUGUUAAUUGUUUCGUUGUUCUCCGUAAUUACAGUCCCAAGUCUUUGAGAGAUGGAGGGGUAACGAGUUUAUUUACUUCGUUCUGCAUCUUCCCGAGGCAAGGCACUGGGUCACACUUGAAGUCGACAUAGAGCUGUGGAAAAUUAAUGUCUACGACUGUGAUUCCAGCGUCUGUCAUUGGACCGCCAUGGAACCCAUCCUGAAGACUUGGGAAGAACUGCUGCCCUCGCUAAUCCUUGCAACCGGGGAAUUUCCACGUAACAACCAGAUCAUGGCGUUAACUAACAGGGACAUCACGGUGCUUCCAAAAAUGCACUCGACUCGAGCCACUCACGACUUAGUUCCGAAGGCAACAACCAGGUACAUAGCGAUAAAAAAGUACUAUAGUAUUAAAAUAUGUUUUACGUUAGACUGACUUUAUAUUUUAUUUUGCAUUUAGUGGUGAUUGUGGCGUCUAUUGCAUUGAGUAUGUGGAGCAUCUCAUGAUGCAACGUGGAUUGACCGAUGUGACGCCAAGCCGGAUAGCUAUGUUUCGUCAACGGUGGUGUGUUGAUUUAUUUUACCAAAAUGUUGGCUGAUUAUUGUGUAAUUAUUGGGACAUUGUAUAUUUUGUGUAAUAAACAUUUAUAGUUAUGUAUAUAUAGACUUUCUCUUCGUUCAAAUUUUGAUAAUUAUUCGUGGUUUCAAAUAUAAAAUAUCGAUAUUAUUCAACAAAAAUAACUAUUAAACCUAAAAAUAAUUAAAAUAUUUAAAAAAUAUUCAACCUCGACAUUAUUUUAAAGCAGUUUCGAACCUGAAAUAGCGAUAAUUAUGCAUAGUUAGACCAGUUACUAGUGAAGACACUCCCCAUACUUCAGUAUUAUAUAUUAGACCACUCUCUAUCACUCUCUUUAUAUGUUAGACCAAGUGAAGGUAAAUUGGAUAAUGAAGAAUUAUAUAUAGUACUUAUAUAUUUAAGGAAGAAAAAGAGUCUCUGCAAUAUACCAUAUAUAUGUCUAUUAUGCUAUAUUAUAUAUUUUAGGAGGCUGCAGAUGAACUCAUUUAGAUAUAUAUAUAUAAUUUCGUUAGCACAUGAAAAUAAAAACAAAUGAUGACAAAAUAUGCAUCAUUAUAAAAUAGUUCAUCACGCUAACCGUUGCCUCUGUAUCGACAUACGCCCUGGAAAGUGAAAGGAUAGGGGUAAUUUAUCAAAUUUCCCAAUAGAAAACAUGUUAUUACAACGAAUAAGUACAGGACGCCUCAAAUGCGGGCUUUGCAUGUUGCUCUGUUGUGGCCUGAACUGCCACUGCGGCUGCA